AUGACUAUGUUUGAGAAUGUUACCCGAGCCCUGGCUAGGCAGCUGAACCCUCGGGGGGAUCUGACACCCCUGGACAGCCUCAUCGACUUCAAGCGCUUCCAUCCCUUCUGCCUGGUGCUGAGGAAGAGGAAGAGCACGCUAUUCUGGGGAGCCCGCUAUGUCCGCACCGACUACACGCUCCUGGAUGUGCUGGAGCCAGGCAACUGCCCCUCAGAUCCCACAGAUUCUGGGAACUUUAGCUUUAAGAACAUGCUGGAUGCCCGAGUGGAGGGAGAUGUGGACGUGCCAAAGACGGUGAAGGUAAAAGGGACUGCAGGCCUGUCACGAAGCAGCACACUGGAGGUUCAGACCCUCAGCGUGGCUCCCAAGGCUCUGGAGAACUUGCACAAGGAGAGGAAACUGGCAGCAGAUCACCCCUUCCUUAAGGAGAUGCGGGAUCGUGGGGAGAACCUGUACGUGGUGAUGGAGGUGGUGGAAACCGUGCAGGAAGUCACUCUGGAGAGAGCUGGCAAGGCAGAAGGCUGCUUCUCCCUUCCAUUCUUUGCCCCGCUGGGACUGCAGGGAUCCGUGAACCACAAGGAGGCUGUAACCAUCCCCAAGGGCUGUGUCCUGGCCUUUCGUGUGAGACAGCUGAUGGUUAACGGCAAAGAUGAGUGGGACAUCCCACACAUCUGCAAUGACAGCAUGCAGACCUUCCCUCCAGGAGUGAGACAGGUCUCAGCAAACAGCUACCCCUCAACUACAGAACCUCCUGUAGAACCUCCAACAGAAACGGUAUUGACUGUACCCCUAGGGGAGAUGCAUGACGACUUCGAGACUUUAAAAGAAGAGGUUCAGAGAGAGACUCAUGAAGUGGAGAAACUGAGUAAAGUGGGGCAGAGCUCCCUGCUCACCUCCCUCAGCAACCUCCUAGGAAAGAAAAAAGAGCUCCAAGACCUUGAACAGACGCUCGAAGCAGCUCUAGACAAGGGACAUGAAGUGACCCUAGAAGCACUCCCAAAAGACGUCCUGCUGUCAAAGGAUGCCAUGGGCGCCGUCCUCUAUUUCCUCGGGGCUCUAACAGUGCUAAGUGAAGCCCAACAGAAGCUUCUUGUAAAAUCCUUGGAGAAGAAGCUCCUCCCGAUGCAGUUGAAGCUGGUUGAAAGCACCAUGGAGCAGAACUUCCUGCAAGAUAAAGAGGGUGUUUUCCCUCUGCGGCCUGACCUGCUCUCCUCCCUCGGGGAGGAGGAACUGACCCUCACAGAAGCCCUAGUGGGGCUGAGCGGCCUGGAAGUCCAGAGAUCCGGCCCCCAGUACACGUGGGAUCCGGACACCCUCCCACGCCUCUGCGCCCUCUACGCAGGGCUCUCCUUCCUUCAGCUGCUGAGCAAGGCUUCCUAAGGCACCUUCUCUGCCCGCUUCCCUCCCGCCUUCCCGACCUUAGUGUGCUCUCUGGAACUCUCCAAGUUGCUAGAGUCUCCAGGAUUAACUGAAAUGCCAUGUUCCUCAUGCAUCGUCACCAAAUCCCACCUACCCUAGCGUCUCUCUCCUUCUGUCCUCCAUCUCAGUCACCCACUAAGCCCAUCUCCUGAUGCUUAAAUCGUGAAGAUACAGAAUCAUUCAAAAUCUUUGCAAAUUUGAGUCAUUUCAUUAAGAAAAAGAAGCAAGCAAACAUCAAUUUCCCAGUCAAAUCCUUCCCACUUGUGCCU